CGUCUGAGAACCACGUCCAGCUCUCCAAUGGCCAGCAACAACACCGCCAGCAUAGCACAAGCCAGGAAGCUCGUAGAGCAGCUGAAGAUGGAGGCCAACAUCGACAGGAUAAAGGUGUCCAAGGCGGCUGCGGACUUGAUGGCCUACUGUGAGGCACAUGCCAAGGAAGACCCCCUGCUGACCCCAGUCCCAGCCUCAGAAAAUCCCUUUCGGGAGAAGAAGUUCUUCUGCGCUAUCCUUUAAGUCUCCGAGAGGAGGCUGAAGAGCGCCGGGGCUCCUGGGACAUUGGUGUAGAGUUCCUAACAAAGUGGGCGCCUUUCUCGUCCGCAGCAUUUAAAGAGAGGAAGGAGAACCAUCCUGGACACUCCGGGCUGUGCAUGUUUAACAAACUGUCCCCUUGUGAGAAUGGAAGCUGAUUCCAUGUCCCAACUUUAGAGAUCUGACCCAGCAGACCUGCCUGGAGGAGGGGAAUGUAUAAAAAAAAAAAAAUCGGUGUCACUUCUUUUCUGCUAUCCCUCUAAAACCUUACAUUUCUGCUUCAUAUUUAAAAACAAAAUAAACAUUAAAGCCGGUGUCCUGAGCUGAGAUAUGGCUGACCUUCUGGGAAUGAGAAUUGUCUUUCAAAUACCCUCUGAUAAGCUGUAGUCCCAUGUAGCCACAGUUCUGUUGAAUGACAUCCAUGUUUAGUCCUUCGUGCCUUUUUCUUUCCCUUCCCUUUCUCUUUCUGUACUCCUCCCUGUUAGUGUACUGUGGAGAUAAGGCUGGGUUUGUGUGUUACCCUGAACUCUAAGGAUGAGUGAAUAGCUGAGACGCUUAGAAAGAUGUUCCCUAUGGUAUUUCUUCACAAGAAUAAAAAAAAAGAAAGAACACACACACAUACACCACACACACCACACACACUCACACAAUGCCGGCUAUCUGUGUUCUAUUACCACUCUUCUUAAUAUUUGUAUAUGAUAGUUUUGAUUCUGCAAGUAAAAGUAAACCAUGUGUUGUGA